CCCCUGGACCUGUAGGAACUAGCUUGCGCAGCAGUCCACAGCGUUGAGUCAACGUUGCAAUCUGCGAGGCUGAGACAGCGGCAUCUCUGGUCUGAUGAGAUGACAUAGCGACUAGACAGGCUACCGUUACAUUGACACCUGGAUCAGAUUGUGACAUUGGUUUUUUUUCCGUCACUUUUGACCGUUUUUCACUUGGCUAUUUGCUUAAGCUUGCUUGAAGCAGGCCAGUCACCAAUGCUCUCACUGAGCUACCCUCACAUAGAUGUCGAUCUAACGUGCUGCAAGCUAGCGUUAGCUCGCUGCUGCUACCCUUCAGACAUCGAAGUGGCCACAUAAACAUGCGGAUCAUCGAGGCGGAGACCCCUGGGACAUCUCUAACGUUAAACACUUUCUGGAGGACACGAGCUUUCGACUAGCCGCUGACUGGACUCUGCAGAGUCUUUUGUAGAGGGGAAAGAACGACGGAUCUCAAGGACCAGAUUGCCCGCUGAACCUUUUGCCUCUCAGACAGAUCGCCAGGGACCAUGCUGACCAUUCUAGCUGCUGGGUCUGUGUUCUUUCCAGGCCUCUUCCUGCUGUCCAAACAAUGCCUGAAGUCAAUCCCAGCUCUGAGGUGGAGCGAAGGAGAUGCAGUCAUUGUAUCCGCCAGGUUGGUUUCAUCAAUUCAGGCAGUCAUGGCCUCUUCAGCUGGCUACAUCAUUGCUUCUUCCUGCGAGGACAUCCUCGAGGACCAGCAUUGGCUGACAAGCAGUUACAUCAUGUUUGCUGUUCCCUACUUCGUGUACGACAUCUACGCAAUGUUCAUGUGCUACUGGUACAAGCUUCGGGUCAAAGGGCACGAGGAGGCCUCGGCAGCGCCCCAGCACAUGAGCACAGCGCUGACCAGCUACUUGCGUCGCGAGUUCCUCAUGGUGCUGCACCACGUGGUCAUGGUCACCGUGUGCUUCCCCGUCUCUGUGUUUUGGCGACAAGGAAAAGGAGAUUAUUUCCAGGGUGUAAUGUUCAUGGCUGAGCUCAGCACUCCAUCCGUCUGCUUAGGAAAAAUACUCAUCCAGUACAAACAGCAACACACUCUCCUGCACAAAGUGAAUGGGGCUCUUAUGCUGAUCACUUUUUUCAUCUGUCGAGUCCUCCUCUUCCCUUACCUCUACUACGCCUAUGGAAGGUACGCGUCCAUUCCCUUCCACAUGGUUCCCCUGUCGGUGCCCUGGCACUGUAACCUCGGUGCUGGUCUGCUCAUGGCUCCCCAGCUCUAUUGGUUUUCCCUAAUUUGCAGGGGCGCCCUGCGACUAUUCAUGGGCUCCUCCCGCUCUCAGAGACCAGGUGCGACCACGGGCGCAGCCAAGGAGGGGCAGACGGACGGCAACGCACUGCCCCAGCCAGCCAACGGCUACAGCACGUGUGCCUCAGAGCCUGAGCUGGCCACUCACUGAGGAGAGUGGAGGGGAGGGGAGGGUGGGGGAGGGAAGAAAGGCGAAUGUACCAAUGAGUAUGUAAAGGAAAGAAAGCUGUGAGGGAGAAGUGAGACAAGUAGCAAUAUGAAGAGAGCUACAGACAAAAGGCCUCAAAUAUUGCUGAAGUGUUUGCGGCCAGCAAUCGAGCUCCUAACUGUGAAAUGAUUUGGUCGCUGGCCUUCAAUCACUUCAGCAUCUCAGUUUGUAGGAAACAAGUGGAGUGUUAAUGCACUCAGUAUUUAAAGAUGUUAUCUGGCACUCUGACCGGUAGGAACAUGCACUGACCUGAGAGGAAUUUGCCUGGAUGUAUAGCAAGCAUAGGUGGCGAUUUCCCUCAUGUAGAUCAAAUUGAGUCCUCUCUGCCUCACGGUAUAGGAAGAGUAGGAGAAUAGGAAUGUAUUAUAUUGUAUGUUAGUACAUUUGCUGUAGAUGGAAGGCCUAAUUCAGUUUAGUAAUGAAGAAGACCUUCAAAAAAGAAAAAAAUCCCGACUAAGCAGUAUUUUGACUUGUUAGUGUUUAAUAUCUGUAUCCUCUAUGUAGUCACUGUCACUCUUAACAAAAUGUAACCAACCUGCAGGCUGACUCAUCUUUAGAAGGGAGAUAAUCUCAUAAGACUGUAUUCUGCUGCCUUAUCCCUUUCCCCCAAUUCUUUGCCGUUUCUUUAGAUUUUUAUUUAUUUUCAUCCCCGGAGGAGAAGGAAGCGGCUUCCUCAGACAGAAAAAUGUGACGGGUGUACAUAGCCGAUGUAAAAUUGUCCUUAUUUCCACCUCAGUAUUAGGUCAAUGUUGGGUUUUAUUCUUUUUUUAGGUUUUGUCUCGCAUCUGAUGUUUCAACAGACGUUUUUUGAAUAAUGACAUUUCGGCAUUAACACAAAGCAUUUCACUGUUUUGCCGCAAAGUGUACGCAGAGUUCCCCCAGACCGUAAAGCAGUGCUUCUUGUUUCAUUGUAGAUAUGACUUCAUUCCAUUUACUGGUAUCACAAAGUGUUUUUAGCAUACAAGGAAGUGAUGCACAGUAGCAGUCACUUUAAAACGAGUGUUUUUUUGUUUUGUUUUUUAGAUUGGUGCUGAUAUGAAUCUGAAACUAUCCAUUUGAUUGGCUGGAAUAUUUCAGUAAGGGAUCCAUAAGAGUAUUUAAAGCUUUGUCGGGGGACUUUGCAAUUUUGCCGUUUGAAGGGAAACAAGAUAAUCUGGUAGGGAAGCAUUCCCUUGUGAUAGACAUGCAGCACAUUUGUCCAUUUAUUUUGAUGUUCCUCAUUUAUAUUUUAACCAUCAUCAAGUUUAUGAAUAGUUUGAAGCCUUCUAGAUUUUAUGAAACACUUUGAUAAUUUAGCCGUUUAUUUGAGCCACUGGUUCUAUGAACCGCCUAUGAACAAACUGGCUAGUUUUAUCAUUUUACGUUUGUUUAAAGCCGCUUCACUGUCCUACAAAUGGGUCAAAACAAAAACAAAAAGCUCAGAAACCAUCAAGACAGGGCCGCGUGUGCCAAAACCAUCUGGACAACUGUGGGCAUGUUGAACACAGAACAUCCAUUCCCGUUCCAUGAACUCAUAAGGUACUGCUUCUUGACAAUACUACAACAUUUCAACUGAUGUACUGUAUAUUCCACAAAAUGCUCGUUAUUUAUUUGUAAGUAUUUAUUUAUUUAUUUGGUUUGUGGUUUUGAAUGCAUAUUUAUGCAUACAUAUUCUACUAUAUGCUUCUGAGCCUUAUGUGAAGGCUGUAUUGUUACUCCAAGUUAGCUAAAAUAUACUUCUCUGUCCUGA